GGAAGAGGAGCUCAAGGCUAGGCAGUCCCCGUUGGGCAUCCCAAUUUUAUCCAGACAUGGCCAUUCUUGGUGCAUCUGCCGAUGCGCUGGUUGCAGAUCUCCACGGGCUUUGUCUCAGAGAUCUUUGCGUGUGGACAGGCCAUGACUUCGAGGGCCUCACGGUGGCCGCUCGAUGGGCCCGUCGCCAGCAGGGCAUCGAUGCGUCGAUGGCCAAGAAAAUGGAGCGUCUGGAUAUCGCCUUUCACGUGAACAGGCACAUCAAUGCCCAGAAGGCGGCAAACAUCAUUGGACGCGUUCGGCAGAUAUUGAAUUCGGAUUUCCACAGCUCCACAGAUCAUUCGGCUGGAGGCCGAUGUUCGGACAACUCGAUGGAAUCAACUUCUCGGCCGUAUUCCUCUACCACCUCUUCUGAGGGGGGGAGCCUUCCGAGCACGCCACCGUGGGCAACAAGGUUGGCGGACACAUCUAUGAAGUGACGCGUCAUGAGCAGGCGUGUCAAACCGACCUGAAGAUGCAUCACUUCGCCGAGGCCGAUAUUCAGAGAUCCAUGGAUGACGAGGGCGGUCACGACUACGAAUUGUAUUACUUUCCUAAUCUUGCCGUGCACUCCCCUCCCCGCAGUUCCGACCAGGACGAGGAGGCCCCAGGGAGCAAGGCGAGGAUUGAGGUUGUCAACCAGAAGGCCACGGAGAAGUGGCCGAGGUGUCCACCAAAUUGACAGCUGUGGACGAGAACUUUAACCAGUCAGUAUCCGCAGAUGCAGCUGAGGAGGCCACUGCGAAGGGCACCCCGCCUGUACCACGUGGCACUCUGCUUUUUUCAGUCUUCGUUCGACACCGAUGCAAUCGGCAUUCUGGAGAAGGCAAGCGGUGCUGCAGGCACGUAUGCGCCGCCGCCGUGGGCGGCCGAGUCUGCCACCGCAGUGCCGUCUUUCGCCGAGACGGCAACGGUGUCCGAGGACGAUCGCUACUCCAGCCUGGGUCUCGGUUUCUUGGAGAGGCUGGGCGACCUGCCCCACGACGUCCUGAUGUCGGGGGCAGCCCCUGGUUCGGCAUCGCCUUCGGCGCGUUCCGAGGUGGACGCACGCGCCGACAACAAGUUAGAGGUCGCCUACAGCAUCGGCCAGCAGGUGCUCACGAACGGAAGCCCAGCAGACGAUCUGCAGUUGCUCGACGUUUAACCUUUGCUAGAGGGUUCGCAGGCCAGCUACGAGGUAGAGUUCACCAUCGAUGAGAGGGGCAUUUUGCACGUGACGGUCCCAAACCAGUCCGCCGUCGGGCAGCUCGACCCGCUUUGUGAACCCGCCCAAGGGAUGCCAGACCGCGACUUUAUGCCUUCCGACCAGUUUCAGGAGCCAGUUCAAAGCGUUGCCAUGGAAACGUUUUGCGCAGAGGUUGUCCCCGCCAGCGGCGGCACCGCAUAUGACCCCAGCGUAGUACAUGAGUUGAUAUCGCAGGUCGGUGAAUUGGCCAUGCAGCUUGCCAGUGCACGCAGGCUCCAGAAAUUGAGUGUCGCAAGUAAGCUGGAGUCGCAGGUAUGAGUAAUAGCGUUUCAGUUG